AUGGCGGACCAAAAUAUUUCGCAGUACAAGUACUCGGCGAUGUCCAACCUGGUUCUCCAGGCGGACCGUCGUUUCAUCAGCCGCGUCAACGAUGAACCCACCGGAGACCCGGAGUCUCUCGCAGGCCGCAUUGGAAUCCGAGAGAUGGGCGGCCAGGUAGCGCGCGACCAUGCGCCCAAGUCGAAAAAGAAGGCAGUCGGCCCAACAGAUAUUGAGCGCGGCAGCAUCCGUGAAGGUGAAGACGUGCUUUUGCGGGAACAGAAAAAGCGCCUGCGCGGUCAGCCAGCGCAGCAACGAGGCCAAGGCAUCCUUUCUGCCGCCGAUGCUCUCGUUGAAGGCUUGAAAUAUCGCCCUCGGACACCCGCCACACGAGCCACGUACGACCUUAUCCUUACGAUCACCGGUGGCCAUUUGGGCGAUGUCCCGCACGAAGUCGUUCGCAGUGCCGCCGACGCCGUCUUGGAAUACCUGAAGGAUGAAGAAAUGAAGGACUUUGACAAAAAGAAAGAGAUCGAUGAUCUUCUGGGUAGCUCAAUGAACCCGAAAGAGUUCAACGAGCUCGUCAAUCUGGGCAAAAAGAUUACGGACUACGAAGCCCAAGAUGAAGAUGAAGAAAUGGAAGGCGGCAUGGAGGAAGAGGGCGCUGAACUCGAUGAGCGCCAAGGUGUCGCCGUUGUCUUCGAUGAGGAGGAUGAGGAUGAUGAUCGCAUGGGUACCGUCGACGAAAUCCGAGACGAUGACGAGCUCACCGAUGAGGAAGAGGCUGAUGAGGAAGAUCGACCUGAUCUUGAAGCUGCUCAGGACCUUGAGGAUGGUGAUGAAAUGAUCAUUGACGGUGGCAUGGCUCGGGGUGAUAAGACACAGGAUAAAACCGGGCUGAAUGUCCCUGCUCGUGAAAUUGACGCCUACUGGCUGCAGCGUCAGAUCGGCGCCUUAUACUCGGAUGCCCACACCCAGCACGAGAAAGCUCGUGACGCGCUCGCAAUUCUGGGUGGCACCGCGGAGGAUGGCACUCUACGCCCAUUGCGCGACGUCGAGAAUGACUUGAUGGAGCUUUUUGAUUACGACCAUCCCGACCUCGUUGCCAAGUUAGUCACCAAUCGCGACAAGGUCGUCUGGGUGACCCGGUGGCGAAGAGUCGCCGAGGAUGCCGAUGCCCGCAACCUCGUAGAGAGUGAGAUGGUUGAGACGGGCCACCGAGCAAUCUUGGAUGAAAUCCGUGGCAAAACUCGAGAUGAACUUGCGGACCGGCCCGAAAAGAAGAUCAAGCUCGACCUGAUGGAUGUCGAUGUUCCUUCAGGACCGGCAGAAGAGAAGCCUGCUGCUGCUGCGGACGGUGGAUUGGUCGGCGGUUUGCAGCCGCAACGGCUGAUCAACUUGGAAAACCUUGUUUUUCAUCAGGGCAACCAUCUCAUGACCAACCCCAAUGUCAAACUACCCCAGGGUUCUACGAAACGGACGUUCAAGGGGUACGAGGAAAUCCAUGUUCCACCACCCAAAGCCAAGAAAGAGGCCGGCGAGAAGAAUAUCCCGACCACUGAAUUGCCUGAUUGGGCGCGUGUCGGAUUUGGCAGCUCCAAGGAAUUAAAUCGGAUCCAAACCAAGUGUUACCCGUCAGCCUUCCACGACGAUGGCAACCUGCUUGUUUGCGCUCCCACGGGAUCUGGGAAGACCAACGUCGCUAUGCUCACUAUUCUUCGAGAAAUUGGCAAGAACCGCAACCCCGAAACAGGAGAGGUUAUGCUCGAUGAUUUCAAGAUCGUGUACAUCUCCCCCUUGAAGGCUCUGGUGCAAGAACAGGUCGGAAACCUUGGCAAACGUCUCGAGCCCUAUGGGAUUAGGGUCGCCGAGCUUACAGGAGAUCGACAACUCACCAAGCAGCAAAUCGCCGACACUCAAGUCAUUGUCACCACCCCUGAAAAGUUCGAUGUCAUCACGAGAAAGGCCUCGGAGACCAGCUACACCAGACUCGUCCGUCUCAUCGUCAUCGAUGAAAUUCAUUUGCUUCACGAUGAUCGUGGUCCGGUAAUUGAGAGCAUUGUCAGCCGGACAAUCCGCCGGGUUGAGCAGACCGGAGACCCAGUGCGGAUUGUUGGUCUCAGCGCUACUCUUCCGAACUACCGUGAUGUCGGCAACUUUUUGCGAGUUGAUCCUGUCAAGGGUCUGUUCCAUUUCGAUGGCUCUUAUCGGCCUUGUCCGCUCAAGCAGGAGUUUAUUGGUGUCACCGACAAAAAAGCAAUCAAGCAGCUCAAGACGAUGAACGAUAUCUGCUACAACAAGGUCAUGGAGCAAGUCGGCCAGCGCCGGAACCAAAUGCUUAUUUUCGUCCACUCCAGAAAGGAAACGGCAAAGACUGCCAAAUACAUCAGGGACAAGGCUCUUGAGAUGGAAACCAUUGGUCAGAUCCUGCGCAGUGAUGCGGCCAGCCGCGCUAUUCUGUCAGAGGAAGCUGAAUCUGUCGAUGAUCCAUCUUUGAAGGAUCUCUUGCCUUACGGACUCGGUAUUCAUCACGCUGGUCUGAGUCUGGCAGAUCGUGAUUCCGUCCAGGCUCUGUUCGCCGAUGGCAGUAUUCAGGUUCUCGUGUGUACAGCAACUCUGGCUUGGGGUGUCAACCUUCCCGCGCAUACCGUCAUUAUCAAGGGGACCCAGGUUUACUCUCCCGAGAAGGGUAGUUGGGUGGAACUGAGUCCUCAAGAUGUUCUGCAGAUGCUCGGCCGAGCUGGCCGACCUCAAUACGAUACAUUCGGCGAAGGUAUUAUCAUCACAUCACAAGCCGAGAUCCAAUACUACCUCUCGCUCCUGAAUCAGCAACUGCCUAUUGAAUCACAGUUGGUCAGCAAACUUGCGGACAAUCUGAACGCUGAAGUCGUACUUGGAAAUGUUCGCACCCGUGACGAGGGUGUUGAGUGGCUUGGGUACACGUACCUCUAUGUUCGCAUGCUUCGCUCUCCAGGCUUGUACAGCGUCGGUGCCGACUACGAGAAUGACGAUGCCUUGGAACAGAAGCGAGUUGAUCUCAUUCACUCGGCUGCCGUUAUUCUUGAAAGAGCCGGGCUCCUCAAGUAUGAGAAGAAAACGGGGCGUCUCCAGUCGACUGAGCUUGGACGGAUCUCCUCGCACUACUACAUCGGACACAAUUCGAUGUUGACCUACUCCCAGCACAUACAGCCCUCCAUCACCACCAUCGAGCUCUUCCGCAUCUUCGCCCUGAGUGACGAAUUCAAGUACAUCCCUGUUCGCCAAGAUGAGAAGCUCGAGCUUGGCAAGCUUCUGGGUCGCGUGCCGGUUCCCGUCAAGGAGACAAUCGAUGAGCCCCAUUGCAAGAUUAAUGUCCUGCUGCAGGCCUAUAUCUCGCGACUUAAGCUUGAAGGUCUUGCGCUGAUGGCAGAUAUGGUUUAUGUCACUCAGUCCGCGGGGCGUAUCAUUCGAGCCAUUUUCGAGAUCUGCUUGAAGAAGGGAUGGUCCUCGGUGGCCAAGACUGCCCUUGACCUCUGUAAGAUGGCCGAAAGACGCAUGUGGCCAACGAUGUCCCCGCUACGUCAGUUCCCAGGCUGCCCGCGGGAUAUUCUGCAAAAGGCCGAGCGAAUCGAUGUGCCGUGGGCCAGCUAUUUCGAUUUGGACCCCCCUCGCAUGGGUGAGCUUCUGGGCAUGCCCAAAGCUGGGCGCGUCGUCUGCGACCUUGUCUCGAAGUUCCCCCGCCUCGAGGUUCAGGCUCAAGUACAGCCCAUAACGCGGUCGAUGCUGCGAGUAGAGCUUACCAUCUCGCCGAAUUUCGUCUGGGAUGAUGCUGUCCACGGCACCGCGCAAGAUUUCUGGAUCCUCGUUGAAGACUGUGAUGGAGAGGAGAUCUUAUUCCACGACCGCUUUUUGCUGCGGAGGGAAUUUGCGCAGGCCGAGGUGAAUGAGCAUCUUGUCGAAUUCACGGUCCCGAUCACUGAGCCGAUGCCGCCCAACUACUUCAUCUCCUUGGUGUCUGAUCGUUGGAUGCAUUGCGAGACGAAGAUUGCAGUGUCUUUCCAGAAGUUGGUCCUUCCUGAGCGUUUCCCUCCCCACACACCGUUGCUCGAUAUGCAGCGUGCGCCAGUCAAAGCCUUAAAGCGCGCGGACUACCAGCAACUCUACCCUGAUUGGGAGCACUUCAACAAGAUCCAGACCCAGGUCUUCAAGUCCAUCUUCGACACUGACGACAACGUCUUUAUUGGUGCCCCAACUGGUAGCGGCAAGACGGUCUGCGCCGAAUUGGCCCUGCUCCGCCACUGGUCAUCGGAAGAGCGUGGCCGGGCUGUUUACAUCGCUCCCUUCCAAGAGUUGGUUGAUCAACGUCAUGCAGACUGGGAGAAACGACUAGGCAAGCUUGCUGGUGGUAAGACAAUUGUCAAGCUCAUUGGAGAGACAACGGCCGACCUGAGACUCCUUGAACGCGCCGACCUGGUCCUUGCCACACCUGCGCAGUGGGAUGUCCUGUCUCGUCAAUGGCAACGACGCAAGAAUGUUCAGACCGUGCAAUUAUUCAUCGCGGAUGAGCUUCACAUGCUUGGUGGCUACGGUGGAUAUGUGUAUGAAGUGGUCGUGUCUCGCAUGCAUUACAUUGCUCUCCAGACCGAGAACGAAAUGCGCAUCGUUGGCCUAAGUGUGCCCCUUUCAAACGCCCGUGACAUCGGCGAGUGGAUCGGUGCCAACAAGCAUACGAUCUACAACUUCAGUCCCCAUGCUCGCCCCGUGCCCCUGGAGCUUCACAUCCAGUCAUACACCAUCCCGCACUUCCCUUCUCUCAUGGUCGCAAUGGCCAAGCCUACCUAUCACUCGAUCCUACAGUUGUCUCCCGAUAAGCCAGCUCUCGUCUUCGUUCCCAACCGCAAGCAGACACGGUCAACCGCGAUGGAUCUUUUGGCGGCUUGUGCCAUGGACGACGACGAGGACCGCUUCUUGAACGCCGAUGUCGAUGAGCUGGCUCCAAUCCUUAGCCGUGUUCAAGAACAAACUCUCGCCACCUCGCUCUCUCACGGUAUUGGUUAUUACCAUGAGGCCUUGAGUCAGACUGACAAACGGAUCGUCUCGCAUCUGUUCACCAUUGGCGCCAUCCAAGUGCUGUUGGCCUCGCGUGAUGUCUGCUGGGAGCUGGAUCUCACUGCUCAUCUGGUGAUCGUCAUGAACACUCAAUUCUACGACGGCCGUGAGCACCGGUACAUCGAUUAUCCUAUUAGUGAGAUCUUGCAAAUGUUUGGCAAGGCUUCUCGUCCCGGUCAAGACAAGAGCGGCCGUGGUGUGUUGAUGGUACCGGCUGUUAAACGUGAGUACUACAAGAAGUUCCUGAACGAGGCACUGCCCGUCGAAAGUCAUCUGCAGGUGUACUUGCACGAUGCCUUUGUGACCGAAGUCAGCACGAAGACCAUCUCGUCGACGCAGGAUGCGGUCGAUUGGAUGACGUACACCUACUUCUACCGUCGUCUGCUUGCCAACCCAAGUUUCUACGGUCUAAGCGAUGUGAGCCAUGAAGGUCUGAGCACGUUCCUGUCGGAGCUCGUGGAGAACACACUGAAGGAACUGUCCGAAGCCAAGAUCAUUGACUUGGAUGAGGAAGAUGACACCGUUUCGCCAUUAAAUGCUGCUAUGAUUGGCACGUAUUACAACAUCUCCUUCAUCACUAUGCAGACCUUCUUGCUGUCUCUGUCGGCUCGCACAAAGCUCAAGGGCAUCUUGGAGAUUGUCACAUCGGCCACGGAGUUUGAGUCUAUCCAGAUGCGUCGUCAUGAGGAUCAUAUUCUUCGUCGUGUGUAUGAUCGCGUGCCCGUCAAGAUGUCAGAGGCUGCAUUCGACUCGCCUCACUUCAAGGCACUUGUCCUUCUCCAAGCGCACUUCUCCCGAAUGCAACUGCCCAUCGAUUUGGCCAAGGACCAAGAGGACAUUAUUCGCAAGAUUCUUAACCUGCUCAGCGCGUGUGUCGAUGUUCUUUCUUCUGAAGGUCACCUGAAUGCAAUGAACGCCAUGGAGCUGUCGCAAAUGGUGGUCCAGGCUAUGUGGGAUCGAGACAGCCCGCUCAAGCAAAUUCCUCACUUCGGCCCGGAGGCCAUCCAGGUGGCUAAUGAGUACAAUAUCAACGACAUCUUUGAAUUUAUGGAAGCCAUGAACCCUGGCGAGAACAAGGACUACGCGACGCUGGUCAAACGCCUGGGACUCAACAACAAACAGCUGGCGCAAGCAGCGGCCUUCACGAACGAGAAGUACCCCGACAUCAAUCUGGACUUCCAAGUCGAAGACCCGGAGAGCAUCACGUCGGGUGAGCCGGCCUACCUGCAAGUCAAGAUCGAGCGUGAAGUGGAGGAGGACGAAGAGCCCGACACCACGGUGCAUGCGCCUUUCUAUCCCAGCCAGAAGAUGGAGAAUUGGUGGCUGGUGGUCGGCGAGGAGAAGACCAAGAACCUGCUGGCUAUUAAGCGGGUUACUAUUGGUCGGCAGCUCGAGCUACGCCUGGAAUAUGUGGUGCCCACGCCUGGCGAGCAUGAACUGACGCUGUACUUGAUGAGUGACAGCUACGUUGGUGUGGAUCAGGCGCCGACGUUUACGGUGACUGCGGCGGAGGGGAUGGAGGAGGAUGAGAGUGGAGAGGAGGAGGAAGAGUGA